UAGAGCUACUACGAUCAAUAAUAACAGUUGUUAGCAUCAUCAGUUGACUACGUGUAUCAAUGUGAAUUUAGGUAAACAGUUAAGACUUUUAGUUUAAAGCGUUAGUUUGUUCAAGUCAGUACUCUAGGUCAGGUCAGCGGACUAUUGUCAUAUAUUGAAGAGGAUAACUAUAUUACGAGAGAGAAACUGCGUUACAAUAGAUCAAUGAACUCAUUAAUUAUUUCGUUUAUUUAUAAUGUAUAUCAUCGUCAUGGUAAUAAGGUAGUGUUCCAGAGGAAAUAAUUAACAUCUAGACAACAAAAUUAGAAAUUACAGGUGGAAAAAUCUGACAGAGUCAUAAAUGAAGGAAGAAUAAUUGUUGAUUCCUUUACGAUAUAUGUAUAUAUAAGACAAGACAAAAAAAAAAGGAGCUCAUGUAAAUGCAACACAGGAACAAGUUAUACAUCUAAUCAAUGGAGAAGAAAAAGCGUCCGUAUGUUGGCUUUACCCUGUUAUUUAUAACAGUUGGUAUUGUCAUAUUAAUGAUGUCUUUAGCUACAGAUUACUGGGUGUGUGUCCAUCCAAAACUCUUAAUAGGAGAAAACAACGCAACAGAUACACGGCGAUACAGAGGUUCUAUACAUUAUGGACUAUUCAGAGGUGGUAUAAUGCUGAACUACGGACUAGGGGAUCGUUUGUCGAAAAUAGUAGUGAGCCAGAAUAUCAAAGACAUGAAUUUAAUGGAUUAUGGUAUGUGGAUAACUGUCGUGGUUCUGCAUUUAUUGGCAAUUGUUUGGGCUGUUGUGGCUGCUGGAUUUACAUUGUUCAAUUUAUUUGGUAAACCAAUAGAGACUAUCACCGGACCUUUUGGUCUCUAUGUAUGGAAUGGGUGUGCUGCAUCAUUCACUCUGCUUUCAAUUGUGAUCUUUCUUGUCCUCUUCAAGACGAGUAUCUACGACAAAAAUAUCUUUGAACAGGCUGAAAUUAAUACUGGGUGGAGAUCUGUUGGACUCUCUCACCCAAGCUGGUCAUUUUAUAUAAACCUGGGAGCCCUUGGGUGUUUCCUACUCAAUAUUUUGUUGCUCAAGAUAUCAGAUGUGAGACCUUGUCGCCCCAGACUUACAAAAGAAGAGAAAGCAACACAAGAUGAUUUUAUAUACUAAAUAUUCACACUAUUUUCUGUAUUCAGAAGCACUAAUACUUUCUUUCUGGUCUAAUCAUGCCAAAAGAACUCAGGAAAUAUUACUGUUAAAUUACUAUUGUGUUUUGAAAAAAAAAACUGUCUCAGUUUAAUAUUUACUCUUAGCGUUCAUUGCUACUUGUAACAUUAGACUAUAUAACUUUCCAUCCACACAUAUUUCUUCCUGUUAUUCUUAGACUUCUACUUUCACAACUUCCAUUCAUUUCAUUGUAACCAUGAUUAUGUUCCAUCAAUAAAUUGUAUGCUUAAAGUCUUUUGGUAAAUUAAA